AUGUUCCUUUCUCUUGUGCAGGCCGCGUUUGGCAAAUUUAUGAAGGUAAUAAAAAUCUUGCUGGCUCGUGGGGCACCUGUAAAUCUUCCAGGCACAUCGAUUAGACGUCCUCUCCAUGUAGGCAUUUGUGAUGGCCAUGAGUCAGCCAUUCGCCUUCUUUCUCGAGGGGCAAAUGUUGAAACCGUUGACAGCCAAGGACAUGGUCCACUCGUGGUUGCUACUAGAAGGCAAAAUGUAAAUAUGGUCAUUGCUCUCAAACGUGCAGAAGCAGGCCAAACGCAAUACACGAAGUAA